AACAUGCUUCUGAUCUGUCUCUUCCUUAUGGCCUUGGGAGAUCUCGGAUGCGGCUUUGCCCGGACUGCAAGACAACUGUUCGCCCUCAGAUCAAUCGCAGGCAUUGGUGGUGGUGGCAUCAACAGUCUUGUCAUGAUCAUCAUAAGCGACAUAACCACGCUUCAAAACCGGGGGAAAUACCAAGGUAACAUCUCAAAGUCUCGAGAUUUUCUCUUUGCUAAAUCGAGGUGCGUGUUCUGGAUGAUUCCUAUCAUGACGAUACCCACAGCUCUGGUCAUCCUCUUCUUGCUGCCAUUGAAGCAUCGCUCGGGCAACUUCGGUGAGAAGCUGAAGAAGACCGAUUAUGGUGGCAUCGUACUGAACAUUGGGUCCACGCUUCUCAUUCUUGUACCGCUGUCAAGGGGUGGUGUGACUUAUCCGUGGUCAUCAGCUUUCUUCCUUGCUGCUACUAUCAUCGGUGUAGUCCUGACUAUACUCUUCGUACUCUACGAAUGGAAAGCCGUUGCCCUACCGCUCAUGCGACUUCGACUGUACCAGGCCCCGCACUGUUGGGUGCUCUAUCUUCAAACUUUCUUGACUGGCCUGGCUUAUUACGGGAACCUUUUCUACCUGUCCAUCUACUUUCAGUCGAUUCUAAGGUACUCACCGCUAGUCUCUGGAGCCUUGAUUCUNUCUGUCGUUAUUCCGUCGUCUAUUACAUCCAUCUUAAGUGGCCAGUACAUGGCUCGGGUCGGUAGCUAUAUGCACUGCACUGUGGCCGGUUUUAUUCUUUGGACCUUGGGAAGUGGUCUUACUUUCAUAUUUGAUCGAAACACUGGGCUAAUUCGGCUCAUAAUCAUCCUUAUUAUAGAGGGUGCUGGCAUUGGAUUGACACUGCAACCUACGCUCAUCGCGAUGUAUGCCAAUGGCCGUGGCGAGGACAGAGCCGUGAUCACCGGGCUGCGCAACUUUAUCCGCACUAUUGGCGGAGCCUUCGGCCUCGUCAUAUCUGGUGUGACUCUAUCGAACACUCUCGGCUCGGGCUUGAAGAAAGCUGGCUUUGCAUCAGAUGGUCUGAUUGCUGAGCUCACAUCUUCCACGUACGCUCUCGACAAACUUGAUUUGAGCGUGGUCUCGAGGGAGAAAGUCUUGGAUGCGUACAUGUUGGGACUACAUUACAUCUUUGUGUUCUUUACAGCAUGUGGCUUACUAUCAAAUUUCUGGAUUGGCAAUACUAGUUUGAAGGCACCGAAGCAA